GCAACAGAUGGGUGAGGACCAGUGUCUUCAAUUAGUAAGCACGUAAGGGUGCCCACAGAAGGCCUGGAGGGCUCUAUGGGAGGUAGUCCCCAGGUCUGACCGUGACCGCUGUGAAGGACUCAGGCGAGUGGAAUCUGGAAGCCGGGGCAUUGGUACUUGCAGAUGCAGGCCUUUGCUGCAUAGACGAGUUCAACAGUCUCCGAGAGCACGACAGAACCAGCAUCCACGAGGCGAUGGAGCAGCAAACGAUCAGUGUUGCUAAGGCUGGCCUUGUGUGCAAGCUGAACACCAGGACCACCAUCCUGGCAGCCACCAACCCCAAAGGCCAGUACGACCCCCAGGAGUCCGUGUCAGUGAACAUCGCCCUCGGCAGCCCGCUCCUCAGUCGAUUCGACCUGAUCCUAGUUUUGCUGGAUACCAAGAAUGAAGACUGGGAUCGCGUCAUUUCCUCCUUCAUCUUAGAGAAUAAAGGUUACCCGAGCAGGGCUGAGCAGCUGUGGAGCAUGGAGAAGAUGAAGACCUACUUCUGCCUCGUCAGGACGCUGCAGCCCACGCUGUCGGACGCGGGCAAUCAGGUUCUUCUGCGCUACUACCAGAUGCAGAGGCAGAGCGACGCCCGCAGUGCAGCUCGCACAACCAUCCGCCUGCUGGAGAGCUUGAUCCGCCUGGCAGAAGCUCACGCCCGCCUGAUGUUCCGCGACACUGUGACCCUGGAAGACGCGGUCACGGUGGUGUCGGUGAUGGAGUCCUCCAUGCAGGGCGGGGCGCUGCUCGGAGGGGUGAACGCUCUGCACACGUCCUUCCCGGAAAAUGCCCGGGCGCAAUACCGGCAGCAGUGCGAACUCAUCCUCGAGAGGCUGGAGCUGCACAGCCUGCUGAGCGAAGAGCUUCAAAGACUGGAAAGCUUGCAGAGUCAGGAUGUGCGUCCGUCCCAACCUCAAGCAGCGGAGGCGGAGGCAGACACCACACCAGGGUCCGCCGGGGACGACCCGCGGGACAAGCUGAAGCUGACUUCGCCGCAGCAGGAACUGAGCGGUGGCCUGCGCGCCCUGGCGCCUGGAGGCAGCCCCUGGGGAAGCCCAGCUCCGGGGCACAGAGACCCCAGAGGUGACGGCCGGGACCGGGGUGACCUCAUGGCCCCUCAGCGGCCCGGACCUCGAAACACCGCCCUUGCCUCUCCCGGGCCCCGCACAGCUGAGGGAGACGCGGCUCGGGAAAUCUCGGACGAGGCCAAGCGCCAGCCCGGCCCUGGGAGCCCUGCAGCGGCCUCUUCGCCCCUGCGGCCGCCGGGUGCUGAGGAUCGAGGGGCGGGAGCGCCCCGGUCGGAGGCGGUGGAGGAGGAGCCGGUCUCCGCCGGGGC